AUGUUGCCGUGGACCUCCCUCGCUCUUCUCGUUCCCUACGUCGUCGCCGCUCCCGCCAGCACCGAAUGCACGGGAACGAUUUCCUCGCUUGACGAUGUUACCGACGCAGUCAAGUGCACGACGAUCAACAUCGAGUCUUUCACCGUUACCGCUGGUGAGACCUUCAGCCUCGACCUUGCGUCGGGCACCACGGUCAACGUCAAGGGCGACGUCACUUUCGGCUACAAGGAGUGGGAUGGACCCCUCUUCGAGCUCAAAGGCGACAGCGUCACUUUCAACGGAAACGGCUACAAGUUCGAUGGCAAUGGUGCUGACUACUGGGACGGCCAAGGUACCAACGGCGGAACCACCAAGCCUCAUCCGAUGUUGAAGGUCGAGGCCUCGGGAACCAUCAGCGACGUAUACGUCUUGAACUCCCCCGCGCAGGCGUGGUCCAUCGACAACACCGGUACUAUUGAGCUCACUGGUAUCACUGUUGACAACUCUGCGGGUAACAGCGCGAACAGCGCGAGUGGCAGCGACCCUGCUGGUCACAACACCGAUGGUUUCGACGUCUCCGGCAGUGAUGUCACCAUUACGAACAGCAAAGUGAUCAACCAGGAUGAUUGCCUUGCCAUCAACAAGGGCUCCAACAUUGUUUUCUCUGACAAUACCUGCGAGGAUGGACACGGCAUCUCUAUCGGUUCUAUCUCUUCCGACAAGACCGUCUCUGACGUCACAAUCUCUGGGAACACUGUGACUAACUCUCAGCAGGGCCUCCGCAUCAAGAGCGACAAGAGUGCAACCGGCAGCUCGGUCAAGAGCGUCACUUACACCAACAACAAGGCCACAGGUAUUACCAAGUACGGUAUUCUGAUCACCCAGAGCUAUCCCGAUUCGGACGGCACCCCCGGAACUGGUACUACCUUCGAGGAAAUUAACUUCACUGGCGGCGCGACUACAGUCGAGACUACGAGCGACGCCGACAUGGUUGUUGUCGACUGUGGCUCGGGCUCUUGCAGCGGUACUUGGGACUGGUCUGACCUCACGGUCAGCGGUGGCAAGGACGGCACCAUUAACAACGCAGAUAUUUCGGGCUUCACUCAGUAG